AUGGCUUUCCUCCCUGGAAACUCUUCCGAGUGCUCCAACUGCACCCACUCUGUGGAGCCUGUGAACAUUUCCAAGGCCAUUUUACUGGGUGUUAUUCUAGGGGGGCUGAUUGUUUUUGGGGUUUUGGGUAAUAUCCUGGUUAUCCUGUCCGUAGCCUGCCACAGACACCUCCAGAGUGUCACCCACUAUUACAUCAUCAACCUGGCUGUAGCUGACCUUCUCCUGACUUCUACCGUCCUGCCCUUCUCAGCUACCAUGGAGAUUUUGGGUUACUGGGUCUUUGGGAGGAUCUUCUGCAACAUCUGGGCAGCUGUUGAUGUGCUUUGCUGCACUGCUUCCAUCAUGAGCCUCUGCAUCAUCUCCAUUGACCGAUACAUCGGGGUGAGCUACCCACUGAGGUACCCCAGCAUAGUGACAGAGAGGAGGGGCCUCCUGGCCCUGCUGUGUGUCUGGGCACUGUCCCUGGUCAUCUCUAUUGGGCCCCUUUUUGGCUGGAAGGAGCCAGCCCCAGAGGAUGAGACUAUCUGCCAGAUCACCGAGGAGCCUGGCUACGUCUUGUUCUCAGCGCUGGGCUCCUUCUACCUCCCCUUGAUCAUCAUCCUGGUGAUGUACUGCCGGGUCUAUGUGGUGGCCAAAAGGGAAAACAAAGGGCUGACCUCUGGGCUGAAAACAGAGAAAUCCCAUUCCGAGGAGGUGACCCUCCGCAUCCACUGCAAAAACAUACGUGGUGCAAGCGGAUCUGCACCCAACCCCAAGAGCAAGCACCACUUCUCUGUGCGCCUGCUCAAGUUCUCCAGGGAAAAGAAAGCUGCCAAGACCCUGGGAAUAGUUGUGGGAUGCUUUGUUCUCUGCUGGCUCCCAUUUUUUGUAGUAAUGCCUCUUGGCUCUUUCUUUCCUGCAAUCAAACCCCCGGACACACUUUUUAAAAUAACAUUUUGGCUGGGUUAUUUAAACAGCUGCAUCAACCCCAUCAUCUAUCCAUGCUCAAGUCAAGAGUUCAAGAAAGCGUUCCAUAACGUCCUGAGAGCUCAGUGCCUCCUGAGGAAGCAGCCAGCAAUGAAGCAAACCCCCAGCUUCAACCUCAACCAUCCUGCAGGCCAGAGCAUGGAGAGUGGCAAAGGGGUGGUCCGGAUCCCCGUGGGAUCAGGAGAAACUUUCUACAAGAUUUCCAAGUCAGACGGGGUCUGCGAGUGGAAGAUCUUCUCCGCCGUGCAGGGCGUGCCCACCAAAAAUGCCGUUUCCAAAGACUGCACAGGUGCCAAAGCCAAGAGCAAAGGGUUCCUGCAGGAAUGCUGCUGUGCAGGCACUUCAGGGAGUCUCGUCCAUGAGAACUGCAAAGUGCCGACCAUUAAAAUCCACUCAAUCUCCCUGAGCGAGAGUGGGGAGGAUGUAUAACCGGCUGGGUGCACCAGGUUGGCAGCUUGGGGGCCUCAUGGGAUGUCACUCUUUUUAUGGGGAAGUAGGAAUAGGCAUGACAGUUGAAAGGAUCCAGGUAUGAACAAGUGAAACAGGGCCAAAUCUUUAGAGGAAGGAUGUCUGUGAGUGCUGGGUGCAUGAAUGGAGCCCCUCAAAGAUAGUGCAUGGCUUCAGUGGAUGUUAUUCUGAGAGUCCAGCAUCUGCCAGGUGUUUCCAUGGCAUUUAAAAGCAUUAUCCCUUUAUUCUCCUCCUUUCAAGUUCACACUGCUCUCAUUUAGGGGCAGUGGAGGAGAAAGUGAGAACCACAAAGACCCUGUGCUGAUUUCAGCCUUGACACUCUGUGGCAGCUCCACCUUCAGAGCCAUUUUGUGAUUCCACCCCUCCCCAUAAAGCCAAACCUCACCUGUGGAUUUCAGUCAACUCCAUUGACAAGGAAAACUUGAUCCAAGUGACUGCACUCCACUAAGCUUCAGAGACCAAGGAGAACUUUUCCUUUUUGUACAAUCAUCCUCCCUAA